ACUUGCGUUGAGCUGAAAAUUCCUGCAAACCGCAGAGAGCACAACAUAAGAGGAUAAACAAUUAGGGUUUUUUCAAUUUCAAUUUAUUUGCCUCUUCCAUUCUUGUGCUCCCACUGUAGCCUUUCCCCUUCAAUUUCAAUAUUUACAGGAGGUCGUUGUGUUCUGAUGCAUUAUUAAAAUUUGCAAAAUGAAUGAUGCAAAAGAAAACCAGGAAGUUGGCCAGGGCGUGCCCUUGGCUGUGGAAGAAAACCAGCAGGUGGUUGAUGCACAGGUUCAAAUGAAACCUGAAGCUGCUUCUGCUCCUGUUUCAGUAGAGGAAACUUCAAAUCAUGGUGAAAAUGGGAAGGCAGAGCAACCUGCUGAGGAUAAAAAUGUGAAAUUUGAGGCUGCUUCAGAAGGCAUUCCGCAACAAGAUGUUGAAAAUGGGAAGGAAGAGCAACCUGCUGAGGAUAAAAAUGUGAAACUUGAGGUUGCUUCCGAAGGCAUUCCGCAACAGGAUGCUCAGAGUAUCCUUCACUCGGUCCCGGUAGAGGCUGAUGCUGGGAUUUUGAAUAGAAUGGAGUGUGGAGAAGCUUCUGAUGGGAAGACGGAAGUUGAAGAAUUUCCUGAGAGUAAUAAGGGCGUUGAGAAUGAUGAUAAUGUUCGUCAAGAUAGUGUUAAUGAUGCUGAAACAGCAGUGGAGGAGAAGCCUGAAGCUUGCGGAGUGGCUGAUAGUAAAACAUGCGAUAAUGGUGACCACAUACCCUCAAGUCAUAAUGGGCCUGCUGAAAAUAAAAAUUGUAAUAAUGGUGACCUUAUACCCUCAAGUCAUAAUGAGCCUACUACACCGCAACCUGCCCCUGCUGAUACAAAAACUGAAAUUAAGAAUGUGUUAGAAGUUGAGAGUAAGGCUGAUGAAAAGCAAGCUGCUGAGCAUGUAGAUAAUGGGAAUUCAAACUCAAAGCACAUGUUUUUCUUGGAUCCUGACCAUUGUUAUGAUGGUAAUGAGUCAGGAACGGAUGAGGAGCAAUCAGCUUUUAUGAAGGAGCUUGAAAACUUCUUUAGGGAGAGGAGCAUGGAAUUCAAACCUCCCAAGUUUUACGGAGAAGGGCUUAAUUGCCUUAAGUUAUGGAGAGCUGUAACAAGAUUGGGUGGCUAUGAUAAGGUAACCUCAUGUAAGUUAUGGCGGCAAGUGGGGGAGUCUUUCAAACCUCCAAAGACAUGCACCACAGUUUCAUGGACUUUUAGGGGAUUUUAUGAGAAGGCACUUCUUGAUUAUGAAAGGCAUAAAAUAAAAGGUGGUGAGCUGAAUGUGCCUAUUGCUCCUCAACCAGAGCCUGUUAAUGUUGAAAAUCAGGCUUCAGCAUCAGGCAGAGCCCGAAGAGAUGCUGCAGCGCGGGCUAUGCAGGGUUGGCACUCACAACGUCUCCUAGGCAAUGGGGAAGUUAGUGACCCUAUUAUUAAGGAUAGGAAUUCCGUGUCUGUGCAAAAGCGUGAAAAGCAGCUUAAAAACAUCAAUUUACUUAAACGUAAGAAACCAUCUUACAUGGAUAAUGCAGUCAAAGCGGCACGCAGUAAACCAUCUAAACCACAAUUGGACACAGCUGUGGUCGAUAUUGGACCUCCUGCUGAUUGGGUAAAAGUCAAUGUGCAAAAAACUAAAGAUUGUUUUGAGGUAUAUGCUUUAGUUCCUGGUCUUCUGCGGGAAGAGGUCCGUGUUCAAUCAGACCCUGCGGGUCGCUUGGUUAUAAGUGGUGAGCCUGAGCAUCCGAAUAAUCCUUGGGGUGUGACACCAUUCAAAAAGGUUGUCAGCUUGCCCUCAAGGAUUGAUCCUCAUCAGACAUCUGCUGUGGUGACACUGCAUGGGCAGUUGUUUGUUCGUGUUCCAUUUGAACAAUCAGAAUAGUGGUAGCUGAUGGUUGUAUGCCAAAUCUUCUCUACCAUGAUUUAUAGUAUAGUUGACCCGAAAAACCAUUUAGAGGAAUUAUUUCUGCCCUCAAAACUGGGUCAAUUUCUAGCUUAGUGUAGUACUGGUAUAUAUUUAAUAUUUUAUGUUUCGGAUAUUUAAUUUAAAAUCCCCGUACAUGGUUUUCUCAAGCAUUGUAAUUUGACCAUGUUAAUAUGAGCUAGGUAGGAUCCAGCCAUUGCUUGAGAGUGGAGAUUCAUGUCAUAAUAUUAGCAACUUGAUUUGUGACAUUACAUUAUACUUU